AUGGAUGCGUUCAAGUUAUUGACAAGGUCCACCAAGUUGAAGACUGGUAGUUCCCUUUCUUCAACACUGCCCUCCAAAGGCAAGGCCAAGAAUCCUCAGCUUUUCCGUGACGCACAGGCCGAAAAGCUUCUGGAGUCCGGAAAAAAGAGGAAGCGAGUGCAAACUGCGGAUGAUUCAGAUGCAGAAGAUGUCGAUGCUGCCGAUCUAGAUUUCUUCGGUUCUGGUAAACGGUCUGCGCCCGGCGCAUCAUCGAAAAAGGACCAAGAGGGAAACCAGGAGGGACCCUCUGAUCAGAAAGAUGCUUCUGACUCCGAGGGAGAUGAGUCGAUGGAUGAAGUUCAGCGCCGGACCAUUUUGAACUCCCACAAGAUCAAAGUCACUGAUAUGCGCGACUUUGAGGAAGUUCAGCCCGUGCAACCUCCGAAAGAAGAGUCCAAGAAGAAAAAGAAGAAGAGAAAGCAGCAAGAGGGAGAGCCUGUCCAGACUCUUAGUAAGAAAGAACAGAAAAAAGCCCGUCGACUGUUUCCCCAGCCUUUGGUUUCCUUCAAGGAGCUGCGCACGAAGUACAACAUCUCCCGACGACUUGCGGAGAAUAUCGCCGAGCAAGGCUUUACGGUUCCAACUGAAGUUCAACUGGGCAGUCUGCCUUUGUUGCUCGGAGAUCGGUCAGUGUCUGAGAAGUCAGGCACUGAUGAGAGUGUCGAGCCGGAUCUGUUGGUUGUUGCACCCACAGGAAGUGGCAAGACGCUAUCUUUUAUGAUCCCGGUGAUUAACAAGAUUGUUCGACACCAUCAUGGCCAGUCAGAGGAACGUGGUAUCUUCUCUGUUGUGAUUGCCCCAACCAAGGAGCUCGCCAGCCAAAUUGUCAAUGAAGGCAGGAAGUUGGCUCUGGGAACUGGUGUGAAGAUCACGUUGAUGAAGAAGGGCAUUCAGACAGAAAAGAACAGCAAGGGCAAGGCGCCAGUCACCAAGAGUGAUAUCCUUGUAACGACACCACUACUUCUGGUUAACGCACUAUCUGCGAACCGGACCAAGCCGAUGGCAACUCUUCCUCUGGUGAGAAGCUUGGUUUUGGAUGAGGCAGAUGUUCUUUUGGACCCUCUAUUCCGCGACCAGACACUCGAUAUCUGGCGCGCCUGCACGCAUCCUGAGCUUCGAGCAAGUCUCUGGUCGGCGACGAUGGGCUCAAACAUCGAAGACCUGGCCAAGUCGACAAUCAAGGAACGGAAAGAUACCCUCAGUCAGACCAAGUCUUACCCGUUACUUCGUCUCGUCGUCGGACUGAAGGACUCUGCUAUCCCAAAUAUCAAGCAUAAGCUGGUUUAUGCUGCAACCGAGCAAGGAAAGCUGCUCGGACUCAGGCAGCUCCUCCAUCCCGCCGCAGCAUCAGCUACAGACGUUCGCCUCCGCCCACCCUUCUUGAUCUUUACCCAGACGAUUCCCAGAGCCGUUGCUCUACACUCCGAAUUACGUUACGAUAUUCCUCCCGAGGCGGGUGGUUCGUCCCGGAUUGCUGUCCUCCAUGCUGAUUUGUCAGACGGCCAACGGUCCGAGAUCAUGAAGCAGUUCCGGAAAGGUGAAAUUUGGAUCCUCGUCACGACGGAUCUUUUGGCUCGUGGCGUUGACUUUAGAGGAAUCAACGGCGUUGUCAACUAUGAUAUCCCUAAUUCGGCUGCCGUUUACGUUCACCGUGUCGGGCGGACUGGCAGAGCUGGUCGUGAGGGCGGUAUUGCAGUGACAUACUACACCAAGGAGGACAUUCCCUACGUCAAGAGCAUUGCCAAUGUAAUUGACGUCAGCGAGAAGUUGCGGGGCACGUCUGAGGAGAAGUCCGUGCAGAAGUGGCUUUUGGAUGCCCUCCCUGAUCUCAGCAAGAAGAACAAGAAGGAGCUGAAGAAGCAUGGUGUUAAGGCCAGACAGACGCAUACCAAGGGCACGAAGGACGACAAGAAGAUGAGAAUCAGUACCAAGAGCGGCUACGAACGCCGCGCUGAGAACAAGAAAAAGGCUAUCAUUGAAGCCAGCCGCAGCAGGAAAUCUCAACCGCAACCUGGCGCAGACGCUGGUAGUGACAACGAGGGCUGGCAAGGUCUUGAGGAUUAG